GAGAGAGAGAGACCAUGCCAGCAACCAUACCGGCAGCAUCGAGCUGAUUACACUCCAGCGGCCAGCACAAACACUUUUGUGAGCUAAUGGAUGCUUUCCAGCUUCUCUUUCUUGUUGCAGUGGUGACAUCCAUAUCAGAAUGGAAAUCAGUUUCAGAUUCUGGCAAAUCACAAUGUCAGACCAUGGAUGAGGAGAGCAUUAGAGUUCUUGAAGGGGAGUCUCUUUUUUUUGUACCUUACAAUAUUUUCGAACCAAACUUCAACAAUAAAAAUUUUACAUGGUACAAAUAUAGCACCCAAAUUCAGAAUAUUUCCUCUGAUAAGAAAGCCCGGGUGCAUUACCAAGGCGAAGCACUGUUUCUCUUAAACCUCAACAUUUCUGAUUCUGCAAAUUACACUGCUUGGGAAAUCAGGUCUUCAGGACAAUGUUUUAACCACCGUGUAAAAAUUGAAGUGUUCAAUGCAAGUUACAGAGGAAGCAAGAUGUUAAACUACGGAGAAAUCGAAAACUCUGACCAGAGCAAAAAGGUCCCAUGUCCAGAACCAGUCCAAACCACAUGUAGUGAAUUCAAAGGAAACAUCACCUGGUACAAGGAUUAUACUCUUAUUGAAGAUCAGCGUGAAGUCGAAUUGAGAGUGCAUAAUGCUACCAAAGACCAUGAGGGCCUCUACACCUGUAUUUGUACCUGGGCAUACAAUAAUAAGGUGUACAAUACGUCAGGUUCCAAGGAACUUAUACUUCUAGAAAAAGCUGUGCACUACCUAGAAAUUUUGACCCCAGCUGAUGAGCCGCAGGAGCAGUUUGCUGAUGAAGGCUCUGAGAUUAAGCUGAAUUGCUCAGUUUUGUGUGGGACUAAUGUGAAACAUGACUGUAAUGCCAGCUGGUACAUCAAUGGAAUUCCUUUCAAAAACAGGGAUGGUUAUAGUCAAACUACCAAAAUAGCAACUGAGGAACCUUCGAAGAAUACCAUUGCCACUGCAGUCCUCACCAUUAAAAAAGUGUCUGCUAAGGAUUUUCAACAGACGUUUAAGUGUUUUGGCGAGGGCUAUUAUGGAACAAAGAAUGUCACUUUAACUCUUAAGCGGAAAGAAUCCAUAAUUCCACUUGCCAUUGGAGGAGUAUGCAUGUUAUUCGUAGGUGUUUUUGUCGCUGUUUUGGUCAAAUACUUUGCCAUUGACUUAGCUCUGUUCUUCAGACCCUACUUCCCACUAAGCAGUAGCAAUAAAGACACAAGUUUAUAUGACGCCUAUGUGGUCUACCAGACACCAACGGACAAGAUCACUGAGGACACACUCUCUCAGUUUAUCACACAGACUUUGCCCUCUGUCCUCGAGGAUAAGUGCGGAUAUCGGCUCUUUAUCCACGGGAGGGAUGACAUACCAGGGGAAGAUCGUCUGGAGUUGGUGGAGAAAUGCAUGAAUCAGAGCAGGAGGCUCAUGGUCAUUCUCACACCAGAUCUGGGAUCAGGCUCCGUGACGACAGAGCGAUGGCCUGCCUCACACCAAACCUCAGUGAUGGGAGGAUUUGACUGGCAGGUGGGGCUCCACCAUGCAUUGGUCCAGAGGGAACUGAGUGUGAUUUUGAUCCAGCUCGGAGACACAGGGCCACAGCAAUACACACACCUCCCCCCGGGCUUGCAGCACCUGAUUCGUAAGAGUGCCCCUUUGAAGUGGCCAGAGGGCUCUGGAGGCGCUGCAGCAUGGAACUCUCGCUUCUGGAAGAGAGUGAGAUACCUGAUGCCUGCCACACCUGUCAAAAAAUGUGCACAGUCUACUGUUAUCCAAUACAUCUUUUAACGCUUUAUGUUGAAUUUUUUAUACAUAUGUUGGGAAAUGUAAAGAAAGGAUGAUCAGUGUUUAACUGCCUUUUAUAAAUCACAAGAAACCAUUAUACUCCAUUAUACAUUAUACAUUAUCAUAUAGUUUCCAUUUCAAAGUCAUUUUGUUCUGUGAUGUUAUUUUAUUGAGCUAAGUUGUUUUUCUUGUUUUGACUCCUAAAACGGUAAUUUCCCACCUUUUGAGAAAACCAAAGAAUUUAUUUUUCUUUUCUUUUAUAUAAUAAAAGUAUUUGUAUUUAAUUGCUCACAUGCUUAUCACUCCAUAUGGCUUUGUACAUAAUGACCAUCAACUUUAUUUUGGUGUAAGUAAGCAAACAAGCAGUAAUAGCAGUUACACAUAGUUGAAUAGUUGGUGCACAAUUGAAUAUUUUGAAUUUCAUUUUGAAUUUUUCCUUUCAGUUCCAUUAAUUUAUGGUUAAUUUUUUACCAAUUUAUUUGUUAGUUUGAACCUUUUUAUUAACAUAAUGUGGGUGACAUGUUGAGAAGUUUAGAAAAGGCAUUUCAAUUCCUGGAUAGGCUAAAGUCUAUCAUCGAAAAGAUUUAAUUAUUGUUUAAAGCUACUGUUUUUUAUUUUUAUCCAUUUCAAAAGCCGAUAAAAACAUGAAAUUAAUG